AUGCUGAGCACGACGGAGGCUCAGUUCAACACACCAUCCACCUCGUCGAUUCCAGUCACAUCGAUGAGUGGCUCACGUCGCCGUAGCUCUUCAUCGAGUGCCGGUUCAGUCUCAAGUCCAUGCGCGGUGUGCUCGGAUCCGGCAGAGGGAAUGCACUUUGGAGCGCACGCCUGUGCCGCCUGUGGAGCCUUCUUUCGGCGUUCGAUUGCCGAGCAAAAAGUCUACACAUGUGCGGUGAAGAAUUGCCCUGUGCAAGGGGGUAUUAAUAAAGCCUCUAAACGAAGCACGAUUUGUCGCUAUUGUCGCUUUGAGAAAUGUCUCAACGCUGGGAUGUCACCGCAAGAAGUGCAAGUGAAACGACUACGACAACUCGAGGAGACCUCGCCGGUUGAUUCGCAUUCCUUCUUCUCAACACCCCUUUCAAGCAGCACACCGACCCUUGAACACAUUGUGCAAAUUCGACGCGAUCUCGCCGAUCAACGACAACUCUUUCAGCUACAAAACGAGAACCAAUGCGAGGGUGCGGAAGCGCUUCUCGAAUGUCUGCGCGUCGAGUGGGAAACUUUUCGAGAGCUCGUUCUCAAUCAAGGCAUUUUUCGACAAUUCGUUGAUCCACGACGAUAUUUUCACAUAAAAAUGGAGCUCGACUCGUCGCCCGAGUUUGCUGAGGAUAUUACGCUGAGUCGUGGCAUCUUUUUGGCUUCCGAAGUGAUGGAUUGGGCGCUGUUGACGGCGAAACAAGGCGGUGUACAGAAAGAUUCGUGCUUUUUCCCGGAUGGCUCAAGCACGGAGAUCUCAGCGGCCGGUUUGACGAGUUUCUUCGCCAAAGACUCUGAAAUUAAAGAUCCACAAUGCAUGGCUAGAUUAUGCCAGCCGAUGUUCGCGCAACUCGUUCGCACAUGUGCCCGAUCAUUGCAAGCCGCGCAUAUCGACGAGUUGGAGACCGCUUUCCUCUAUGGAACGCUCUUAAUACAAAUUUCCGGCAUUCUAUCGACACCCACCCAACAUCCACUUCAAAAUGCGCUCUUCGAGGAGCUCCGAUCACACUACGAGAGCUCAGGCAGUGAAUUGUCGGUGAAAAUGGGCAACAUCAUCCUCCUCAACUCUCCUCUCAUCCAAACGGCGCUCGAGUUUCGCGAGUUCAUCUCCGUGCUCGAAAUCGAAAAACGCAUCGAUUUGGGUCUUUCAUUU